GGGACUGAUGCCCUUGGCCAUGAGGAACCCCCAACCACUAUUUGCACAGGUGCAGCCUGUGUGACUGAGCCACCGCUGCUCCAGCUGUUUCACGUCACCGUUCCCUUUACUGAACAGUUGGAUGGGGCAUCGGGCGGAUGACCGCGGGAACGGUCGUGAUCACUGGCGGAAUCCUAGCUACGGUGAUCCUCCUCUGCAUCAUCGCCGUCCUGUGCUACUGUAGGCUCCAGUAUUACUGCUGCAAGAAGAGCACAGCUGAAGAUGCAGACCAGGAGGAGGACGAAGAGGAGGAGCAUGGCCUUCCCGCCCACCCCAGGGGCCCCACCUGCAAUGCCUGCAGCUCCCGAGCCCUGGACGGCAGAGGCAGCCUGGCACCUCUCACCGGCGAGCCCUGCAGCCAGCCGUGCGGGGUGGCCGCCGGCCACUGCACCACCUGCUCCCCCUACCACGCCCCCUUCUACAUACGGACAGCUGACAUGGUGCCCAACGGAGGUGGAGGCGAGAGGCUCUCCUUUGCUCCCGUUUGCUACAAGGAGGGGGGACCCCCAUCCCUCAAACUGGCAGCGCCCCAGAGUUACCCGGUGACCUGGCCAGGCUCUGGGCGUGAGGCCUUCACCAAUCCAAGGGCUAUUAGUACAGACGUGUGA